AUGGAUGGUAAUGAUGUUGUGGUCACAAACGUCAAGGAUAGCAAAGACCCAAAACUUUUGAGGUCUUCACUGACGUUAUGCAAACUGGUAACUGGGCUAUUUAAUUUGUUUGUGGACCCUCUCCUCUCCCUCCGUCGUGUUCUGGUUUUAACAGUACUCCCUCUAGUCAUUGCAUUUUGCGUACUAGAGUUGGAUGGUUGCAGCAGUGGCAUGUGCAUGGAGCAAGCAGCAGCAAGAGCCAUAAAUCACAACUGA